AGAAUUAGUUUGUGUACAAUGGCAGGCAGAAGAGAUUAUUUGACUACCGAGGCAUUUUUUAUGGAAAUUGCCAAGUUAGCAGCACAAAGAAGUAAAGAUCCGGUGACUCAAGUGGGUGCCUGUAUCGUAAAAGAUAAUAAACAUGUGGUUGGUAUUGGUUACAACCACAUGCCAAAUGAUUCUGAUGAAUUUUCAUGGGAAAACACAGAGGGAAAUAAACAUGACAAUAAACACAUAUACGUUAUCCAUGCUGAAAAGUGUGCUAUACUAAAUAAAACUGCUGAUAUUAAUGGUUGUACUAUCUACGUCACUUUAUUCCCCUGCAAUGAAUGCGCGAAAGAUGUAAUAGAAGCAGGGAUUAAAGAAGUUGUUUACUUAUCUGAUAAAUAUGCCAAGAAACAAUCUACAAUACAAGCAAAGAAAAUGUUUGACAAGGUUGGCGUUUUUUAUAGAGAGUAUGGGCUCAAGCAGGAACCUGCUGUGAAAGAAGAGAGUGGUACUAAAAAAAGAAAAUUAGGGAGAGUCACCCAAGUUGGGACAGUUUUUUUUUAUAACAAAUACUUGAAAAUCUAUAGAUAUUAAAAAAAAGUUGAGGUAAUAAAAUGAAACUUUAUUCUAAUUCUUAACACAUUUUAGAUAUAAACUAAAUAAAAAAUAAAAAAUAUAAUUCGUUUUUUGUUAUUAAAAAAAAAGUGUGAAUGUCCCAUCAUAAGAAACCGGAAUCCUAAGAUGGUCCGUUCGGUUUCUCAAAAAGGGACAUUACUCUAUACAACUUCCACAAAUAAAAUAGAGAUCAUCCAUUACUCCACAAGACUCAUGAGCCCAAUUUGAACAUAUUUUGCAGUUGUACCAGUCUUCACUACUCUCUACGUACAUCUUUCCACAUACAAUGCGGUUUGAAUCAUCUUUAGUUGAAGUGACGACUGUGAUAUUGCUAAUAUUUGCAUUUCGAGCGCUGUGGUCCAUAACUACAGUUCGUUUCACAAAUUUAACCUUGUUAGUAGGGAUUGUGGAUUGCAACGUCUCUAAUUCAUUUUUAUACGGCGAUUCUGUGAGUAUCGUGUAUUUCAGAGAAUGUCUAGAAGAAGUCUUACCUUUCUUUUUCUAUGCCUUUGGUAGCGGACUAAUAUCAGUCACUUUUACCUUGGAUGUCGGAAAUUGGAUAGGAAUGAUUUGGCUUCUCUGUAUCGGUCUGUUAUCUUCGGAAUCGCCAUCUUUAGGUAACCUUAAAACAGACUGUUUUUAAGGUUGAAGGAAUCGGAUUAUCAUACCUAUGAUGUAGUUUCAUUGUCUACUGAUUGUUCCGUCGUUUUAGAGGGAGCGAAUUCGCAGUCUUGAAAUACGUCUUCGUUAAAAGGCCAAAUUCCGGUUACUCGGAAUCCAUUUGUCGCUAUCUGUACAGAAGAUGCCUUUGAGAAUGCUUCUGCAACAGCCCCUGAGAUUUGUUAUUCCAAAUGUACGACCACAACGAUUUUUUGGCCAUCUAGUAAGAUACAAAUCAUAAUAACUCAUAAAUGAUUUUAAAAUACGAAACAUCUAGGGGUUGCAUUUUAUGCGUACAGUGUGGUGGCAGUUUAUUAUGUGCAUAAUAAAAUAAUACCAUUCUCGCGACAGAAGUUUAUAACGUCUAAACUUUUUGUAUGUGAAUAAUGUCCGUCCAAAAUAAUAAGAAUUUUGCACUCCUUCGAAGGUCUGGUUUGUUGUGCAAAAUAUUUUAUGAAUUUUAAAAAACAUCACGAUCUAUCCAUCCUUUGUCCUGUGGAAAUGCCGGUCUACCAUUAGGUGCAUUGUCCAUCAGCUCUGGUUUUAUUUUCUUUCUGGGAAAUAUAAAAGCAGGCGCAAGAAAAUUGCCACUUGCACUCAUAGCAGCUCUUUGACAUUAUCUCCUCUUUCGGCACUUGUUAAACCUCCCACUUGCUUUUUACCCCUCUGAGCAAGAACUUUAGAUAAUUUUUGGACGGUGGUCACUCCGGUCUCAUCAAUAUUCCAGAUUCUAUCUGGAGUGAGGUGAUGUUUAUUAUAAAUAUUUUCCAGGUUGUUGAAAAAACUUUAAAUCCUGUAGUUCUAGCGUAUGAGGUUGCUUCUGGUUUUCUCAGAGAAAUAUUUCUAUGUCUAUGUUUACUCAAAAACCCAUAAACCCACUUUUUAGAGGCCAUUCGAGUAUCUUUAUUAAAAUUGUUAGCAAUAUUAUUGGCUUGGACAAAGUCAAAUGCCAGACAACGAAGUUUUUUAUAAGUGAUUCCAAAAAAUCGCUUUUUCCGUUUUAAGAAUAUGAUUUAAAAUUUCGUGUUCCUGUUCAACUGAGAAUAUUUGCCUAAACCGACCAAGAUAUUUGUCAUUUUCGGUCACGAUUUUAUUUUUGUUUGUAACUCGUCUUUGAAGACUACUUUUAGGAAUAUUAUAUCUGUCAGCAGCUUUUCGAAGCGAUAGUUCGUUAUUCCGAACUUUUUGUACAGCUAGAAUCAUAUUUUGAACGGACCAGUUUCCACGAUCAGUUUUUCUUUUGUAAUAGGAAUUUGGAUUUCUAUUUGGCCUCUUUAAAAGAAAAAUAUAUCAGUGCCACUUACGAGAUAUAAAGUUCACUGAAUAAAACAUUUUAUGUUUUAUUCAGAAUAAGAAUUUAUGAGUAAUUAAUGAUUUAAUUAGUUAAAAGUUGCAAGUAUAAGAAGAAUAUCUGUAGCCAUAUUUUAGUUCCUAAGAUGGGACGUCCCGACUUAGGAAGUUUAACUUUGUCCCAUCUUGAGAGAUUUGCACCCAUUUUGUAAAAAUCUUAACCGAUAUUAAACAAAAGCUUUAGUGGCAAAUACUUUACAGUGAAAUGCAAUGACUAUAAACUCUGUUAUUGACUAAUAACGUUAAGUUUCACAGAUACUUACCAUUAACGCCAUAUUCACUAUAAUGUUGUACGUAAAUGAAUUUUAAAAAAUAUGUAAACAUUAACAACUUGUUCUGACGAACGCUACCGGUAUGCUAGCCUCGUGUCGUUUACGUGACAAUACGACUGAAUGGCGAGAUUUCAUUCUUCCGUUGCAGGUGUUGCCACUUGUUACAGAUUGUCUAGAAUUGCUAGUGUCCCUACUUGAGAACCGUCCCGUCUUAGGUAACUCUCCCCUACAAUAGAUUAAUAAAAAAAAUAUUGUCGCUUUUUUCUUUGCUUUUGUUUAAUGUAUUAUUUUGGCCAGAUGUCAGAAUUUGCAUAUAUAAAUAAAUGAAAUAUCAAUAAAUAUAUAAUAAAUAUC